GGUUGCUUAUUUAUUUCCAUAUGAAGUACAUAUACAGAGAAGAGCCUCUAUAGGUACUACAAAUGAUUACGUAGGUGUUAAUGACUGGAACUUAACUGAAAUCAAUGGUUCAAUGCUUUUCGAAACACAGUGAUGUAGGGCAGAAGAUUUGGUAUUGGCCAUUUUAAGAGUUACGAGGACAUGAACGUUGGCAAACCAUAGUUUUUAAUAGUUUUACUUUAAUGUAAAGUAAUAUAAUAAGUAUAUUUGCUUAUGUGAUAGUUAGAACGCCUUGAAGAGACAAAUGGUAAAAAGGAGGCAGUGGCUAAAUCCGAGUUUUCAGCUCUAUAAUAAUAAUACUAAAUUUUGUACAUAAUUUAUUGUAUUUUUCAGUUAUUGUCAAAAAAAGAUGUUAUGCGGUCGUAAAGUGAUAAAGCAAUCGGCAUACUGCUAUUUAGAAGGAAGCUACUGUCAACAUUGGAUUAGAACGAGGAUGCAAAGGCGAAAGGAUCCAGGAUAUGGUUACAGAGUAAUUGAAUCAAUGUCGCCUCCAGUACCAGCGAUACACAAGGAAGAUUCGCGAAUAAUGUCACCAGUUUCAAUGGAGUGUGGACGUAUAGGCCGAUACAGAGCAGGCCGUGAGAAGUCCCGGAUAAGAGACAUGAUCCGAAUUAUAGGUGGCAGACCAGCACCACCUGGAAAAUGGCCUUGGCAAGUGGUUGUACUUAAUAAAUAUAAGGUAAGGUAUUACUUGUGAAAAUAUAAACUCAUAAAUUGCCUAGGUCAUUUGGAGAACGUGCUAUAUAAGAUUUAU